GAUCUAACUCCGUUCAUCACGAGAUGGAAGAACCGGACUUGUCCACGGUGUCGGACGCGACUCCCGAUAUACCAUCUGCACCAUACAAUGAUACUGAAGAAGACACCGGAGAACGAGAAGUUGCACCGACCAAACCAAAGCGUCAUCGGGGUCGACAGGCGAAGGAUCCAUUGGGACAGUCUAUCCAGUUUAGAUGUAACAGAAGGGAGGACUUAGAGCAGCAACUACGUGACUAUUUGGCUCAUCCGACUGGAGACCCGGCACACACAACACUGGAGUUCUCCUUCCCGGUCACUGCUGCCUUCUCAGUACCGGUCAGAGAGCCUAAAGGAAAUAAACCCUUACAUGAUCGGACGCCAUACGUGUACAGCCUGUUCAACAAGACUGCCGUCACUGUAAUUGAUGCUCUGCAAAACAUCCAAGACCCAAGGGAGCAAAUGCUCACUCAGAAAGCAAUCGCGAGAUCUCUAGUUGAGGCUGUGAUGGAGGCAGAUGGGUACCACUACAGCUUUCAUAACAACUGGCUCAGUCGAGAGGACCAAGCGAACAGAUUCUCAUAUUUCUGCAAUGAUUCGAUGUUGAACAAAUGCCGAGCUGCCAACGAAGGCGCGAGGGUGAAAGAGGGUGUGAAGAUCAGGAAGCAGGUGUGGGAUUGCGAGGGAGGGCUCUCGGUCAAGUUUUCCCUGACGAAAAUGAGCCUCGAGUUGCACUACAAGCACAUCCCACUCCAUCCAACCUUCGAUGAAAGAGCUCCUCCUCCGCGAAAUGGAAGCAAACGAAGAAAACUAAUGGAGAUAUUCCAUCCGGAAAAGUUACCCAAGCCUAAACCAAAAGGAAGGCCUAAGCAACCAACUCCCCCGCCUGUCCAAGGUCCAAAACGCCGAGUCGGACGCCCACUCGGACGCUCAUGGAAGCAACUGGCGACAGAACCAUUACCUCGGCCAACAAUCAAUAUCCUACCACCAUCUACGCGAGAGGACAGCUUGCAACCUCUAUUUGACUUUCUUGGUUCUGCUGAACAAGCCGCAACAGCUGCAGCAGAGUCCGUAGGCGAUACAGUUGAGUCUACUGUGGGAUCGGAACCGCCGUCGAACGGAGCGGACGGCGCUGAAAAUAAUGUUGGUGCAGCGGCUACGCUCGGUCCAAGCAGGCAGUCUCAAGUUCCAGGCAUGAUGUCUGGCUUCAUGUCCGGUGAGCAGCUUACUUGGGCCCGCAAGAAGAGGGGUCCGUACAAGAAGCGCAAGGAUAGAGGUGGCCUCGCCGAGGCUUCAACGACUACCUCUUCACCAUCUCUUCGAGCCCCUGCGGCAACCGAACCACCCUCGGAACUCGAGGCACUGAAAGCAAGAUUACUCGAAGCGGAGCAGAAGAUCAAGGACUUGGAAGCCGAGAAAAGCAAGGCUGCUGCGCCCCUGACCUGGAAUACACCACCUUUGCCGCCUCCUCAGCCUCCAAGGCCAAAUAAUACCCCUCCCUAUCUCCCGCCUCAAUAUCACUAUCCACCAAGACAGUGGCAUGAUCCCCGUCUGCCUCACCCAGAGAUAUUGCCAUCACAUGGCCCCUUCACUCAGCCCACGCCCGUGCAGCAACCAGGCUCAGGCUCGAUGCCUCACACGCCUUCUCCUAACCCUACGCUGCCCGAGAACCUCCCAUAUUAUGGCUUUGUGCCGAAUGUACGCGGCCCAAAUGAUCCUCCUCCUCCAAGGCGCCUGCAACCAAAGCCGCUAACCCCACAGCCACGAUCGCAUCAAGAAUAUGCUCCUCAGGGUCCAAUGGCUAUGCAAAGCCACACCAGGGGACAAGCACAACCUACCCAUCAACCGCCAAUGCCGGGUCAACAUCAACUCCCUGAACGGACACAGAACUCUCCCCAUCCACAAAUUCCAAUUCAGUGUCAGCAUCCAGAGCAGCGGCAAGGCGUUCCUAAGACUCAAGACCAGCGUCGAUACUCCAAUCCAGGACAGCAAUCGAGUACUUUGCAGCCGCAGACUCCUGCUCAACAGCAGCAUGCAAUGCCACCGCAGAGCUAUGCUCAAGACCAGCAAUCAGCUCCGCCGGAUACUCUUGCUCAAUCGCAAUACCCGGAACGACGGCAGGGAUCUGUCCAACCCCAGCAACAAGCUCAGCCGCUGCGAAAUGCCGGGGAACAGGGGGAUCUUGGCCAAGAAGCCGGUUCAGAAGGAUCUGCUGAUCCAGCUGGUAACGCGGCCGAAACUGCGGUCCCGCAAGAUUCCAGCGGUAUAGAAAUAGUGGCUUAGAACAACAGCCUAUCUAGGAGAAAUCAGGUUUCGAUUUGUGCAAGUCUAAAAAAUUCUGAGCACUGGAGAAGCAUCUGGAAAGGAACGGAAAACUCGGGACAGCCUUCCUCAUCCACAAGUGCAAACCGAUAUAUCAAUACUCAAUUGGAGGUCUUAAUCUGAAUUACAUGGGUUUCUGUUAAGCAUUCAUGCACGGUGCAUUGUCCUUUACCAUGAGCGACAACAUAUCUGACUACAACCUUCCUCCUUGCUCAAAAUUAUGACUGGGAGUCUACUUCAACCCAAAUGUGUCUCCGGUCCCGUGGUCUGCAUGUUGAACUUGAUGAACAGGUCGUGGCGAGUCCACCAACUGCGCAUCUUCUUGCCAAAGAUGUACACAGGGAUGCCGAAAAUGCACAUGGCCAAGGUAGUGCCUCCGAAGGUAAACAUGAUCUCUUCCGGGCCCUUGGCGGCAACCCAGUUGUUGGCGAAGUUGGAGAGGCCGUAAAACAUAAAGUUCUGUGGUUCGGAUGGUUAGAAACUCGGGUCGUGACGUGGUUAUGUGCAGGCGAGUACUCACCUUGAAUACCAUGUUCAUGACAAAGAUUUCAUUACUUUGACUUCGGAAGGCAUCGAGGCCAUAGGACAUGGUGGCAACCACGCCGAUCAUCACCCCAACCAUCAUCAUGCCCUGGAAGAACGCGCACAAGAUGGCAUUGGAUCCAUGAGCCAUGGUGUACCCGAAGAAGAACAUGCCGAAGCCGGAAAAGACUGCGCAUGGCAACAUAAAAAUAAGGCGAAAUUCAGGUUCACUAGGGCGAAAUGGUCAGUGCCGUGAGCAUACGAGUACGGAUUCGCCAAAUUUGACUUACUAAGUCCCCUUAUUCCUGAUGGUCAUCCACUUCAUGACGCGAUCGGAGAAGACUGCGAGAAGAAUGCUUCCGAUCAUACCGCCAAUGAAUGGGCCCGUUCCGAGAUAUCCGAUCUGUGCGGCGUUGAACAUCCAGGGUGGGCCGGCGAAGAUGCCAGCGAGAAUGAUGGCCGAACCGACGUACCACGCGCAGAGCAAGCCUGACACAAUGAUAACGUAGAAGCCGGCGGGGUUAAAGAGCGUCAGGAUCAUACCAAAGAGCCAUUUGACGAUGCUGUCCUGGGAAAAGACACCAUUAUAGACCUUCAAUUCCUGGACAAAUGUCUUCUUCUUCGGGAUG